AUGAUGAGCAGCCUCGCCGAAUUCAUCUUGAUUUAUACCGUAGGAGGCUUAACUUUUCCUCUCGUUUUGGCUCUCUUGAUCUUUCUCCAUGCUUACUUGACCCUGCCUGUUCACGAUGACGCCGCACACCUCGGACCCGCAGACCCAAUUUCAGAAAUUUCCGAUGACCUCGACACCAUUAACAAUGUUGUAAAGAACCAAGAUCAAAAGCUGACCUUCCUCGACGGCUCAGAAGCUGAAGAAGCCGCAGGGUACUUUACAGUAUCAAGAGACUACAUACCUGGGGGUGUAAAUGGACGUCCGCCGGAGAGAUCUACGCCCAUCGGCUCGACGACAGUCUCUGCACCCAGUCCAAGUGUAUAUCAAAGCAUGUAUCGCAGUAUUUUUGAGAGGAAGCCUCCCAGUGGUCAACCAGACAGGAAUACCGGGAGACCUAGUAAGAAGGGUGGCAAUAUUUUCUACCUCGUUCUGCGUCACGGCUAUCUUAUGCUGUUUGAUGAUGACGAGCAAUUAGAAGUUCGACACGUCGUUUCAAUUGCGCAGUACGAUGUUACUAUACAUUCGGGCGAAGAAGAAAUUCCCGAGGGAGAGCUAUUCAUUAAGAGAAAUGCCAUCUGCCUAUCCCGAAGAACAGAUCUCGAUGAUAUAGUAACAAAUGGCCAAACAUCGAAACCUUUCUUUUUAUUCUCGGAAAAUUGUUCACAAAAGGAAGAUUUCUACUUUGCCCUUCUCCGGAAUCAAGGAAAGCAACCCAAGCCACUUCAAUAUGAAGUUAGGGAUAUUAUUUCGCUAGUGCAGAGGCUACAUUCAUCAGAGGAACACAUCCAGACGCGGUGGAUAAACGCAAUAAUGGGAAGAGUAUUUCUCGCUUUGUACAAGACUUCUGAAGUAGAGAGUUACGUCCGAGCUAAGAUAAAUAAGAAAAUAUCUCGUGUAAAGACACCCACUUUUCUCUCCAAGAUUGUUCUGAAAAAUAUCGACAUGGGCCAAGCAGCCCCCAUUAUUACUAACCCCAAGCUCAAAAAUCUGACUGUCCAAGGUGAGCUCAUGGUUGAAGCCGACUUGCGGUAUUCCGGAAACUUUCGUAUUGAAGUGGCAGCCACUGCUCGUAUAGAUUUAGGAUCGCGUUUUAGAGCCCGAGAGGUCAACCUUCUCUUGGCCGUAAACAUUAAAAGAAUUGAAGGACAUAUGCUUCUUAGAAUUAAACCUCCUCCAUCAAAUCGGUUUUGGGUAUGUUUCCAAACACAGCCAAAGAUCGAUAUGACUAUCGAGCCUAUUGUUAGCUCCAGACAGAUAACUUAUCCUCUUAUACUGCGUCAAAUCGAGAAUCGAAUAAAGGAAGUUGUGGCAGAAAGUCUAGUGUUUCCUAAUUGGGAUGACUCCCCUUUCUUUGGGACUGAAAACAAGACGAGCCGAGGUGGUAUUUGGGAUGAAGAUGUCGAUAAAGUCGGCGAAAAUUUUUUGAAAAAAGAUGAACCAGUGAUAUUCUCCGAAACGACCGAAGACGACAAGGCUGUUACGGAUAUUGAACUCGAGGAGUCCCAAUCUUCUAUCUCACAACUUGACACUAGCACCCCCCUAGUUCCCAUAAUCUCUCCGAGUCUAACUCAUUCAAAAAAAUCCAGUGAAUUACAGUCUUCCGGCCCUGAGAGGUCGCCCAAACUCCUUCGUUCAGGAUCUUUCUCCAGCUUAUCUGGCCCUGUUGUGGGCACUGAUAGCAUCACUGUGGAUGCCUUCAAGGGUGCCAACCAUACGGAACAAUGUAAUGCCAAAGCGGCUUUAUCUCAGAUGAGCUCUCCCACCCCCACCACAAUGGGGUCGCCAUUGAGUAAUGCAAAAUCUAUGGUACAGAGUAGUCGCUCCUCGAUAUCUUCAAAUGAUGAUAGCUGGGAAAAGGACACACAAAGCGAAUCAGAGGUGUCUCAUAUUGGCACAACUAACAGUACUCGAUCCACGAAUUCAUCAAAAGCUCACUCCAGCUUUAAAAGCUUGUAUGGUGAUACCUCCAACCCAUCAGCUACAGCAUCUAGAACUACCACUAGCUCAGAAAGUCGACGAGAAAUCUCGAAUUCUUCAUCUGGUCGAUCUUCGACGGCCGAUUUCAAACGGCUCUCGCUAACAACUAUGACCAAUGCUGCUUCCACGGCGAAAAAGUGGGGUUUGAAUGCGCUCCAGCGUAAUAGCGAGCAGAAGAACGAUCAUAGUCAUGACAAAUUCAAUCCUCGGCCACUUGUCAUGGGUCGCGGUCAGCCAUUGCCGCCACCUGGCGUCCCUUUGCCUCCACCAGGUAAAAAAAUCAGCACAGUGCCGGCGAGUGUUUCAAAACGCAGGCCCAUGACCCCUUCCAGCUUAUUGCAAAUUUCUCAAGAAGAUAAAUUAGAAUCGAAAACUGAGAACCAGCCGCUCCACGCCGUGACUCCUUCAUCUAUACUGGAACGAAGAAAACAAGAAGUUUUCAACAACUCAGUCGAAGCAAAUGAUGAAUUACUAAUCAUUUCAGCACCCCUCGUUGACGUUGAUUCCAGCCUUGAAGGAGAUCAAGAGUCACCUCCAGGGUCCCCAAUACUUUCCCAGCCAUUCAACGAACCAACUCGGCAGUCUUUAACCCCAGAGCGUUCUGCAAGUCUCGAAGGAAAUAAUCAUGAAUUUUCCACAUGGAUAACAGCUCAUGAGCAGGAAUCAAGGUCGAAGAGUGUACUUGUCGAGGAAGAAAUUAACUUACCCUGA